CCGGGUCUCGAGGCCCGACAGUGGCAGUUUCGGUGCCGCUGCCCUGGUAGGCGGCGGCCGUGAGAGGGGCGAGGCCCGAGGGGCCGGCGGCGGCGGCGGCAGCGGCAGCGGCGGGGACUUCCCGCCUGGUGUAAAAAGUGGCUCACGUGUCAAAGGAUGGCCCGGUCACGAUCUAGAUCCCCCAGGUGGAAACAGAGAUCUUUAUCACCAGAACCUAGAAAUUCUGAAUACUACAAGCAAAGGCGUUCUCAUGGGCAUUUUGGCUGUGAAUAUAGGAAGGAUCCCAAAAGUCCUGUCACUUGGAGAAUGGACAGUGAGAAACCUGGACAGAGUAAACCAAGGAUUCCCUCUCGUGGAAAUGUGUAUUACCGAUCUUAUGAACAUAGAUCACCUUCCCCAAACAUAAGAAGAAACUCUGUAGAAAAUUUUUAUACAUAUAAGCCUUACCGAGGAUAUUCACCUGAAAGAGAGGAUGGUAACAGAAGAUCUCAGUAUAUGCCCAAAUAUUCAGAGGGUGUACCCUACAAUGAGAAUGAGAGGAGUUGCUAUUCCCAGAAAGUGCAAGGAAGGUAUAUUCCUGAUGACCAUAGAGUUAGAGGAAGUGGAAAAGGAGGGAAACUGCCUCAGAGGUCAGUAGCAAAUCCUUUCAGAUUUGAAGGAAAGUGGCCUGAAGAUGAGUUGAGGCACCAGAGGAUACAAGAAGAAAAAUAUCCCCAGUCACCUAGAAGAGGCUUUGAAGACUUGGAGACAAGGAGCUCUUUUCAGAAGAGGUAUCCGGAGGAUCGUGAUUUCAGAAAAUAUGGACACACAUCAAAAAGACCUAAAGACAUGGAGAGGUAUGAAAACAGAGAGCCUGCCAGGAAUCCUAAGUGGAAGCCUGAGCAUUCCCUUCUACUUUACCAAGAGAAGAAAGAUCAGCGGAACCUUGGACCUCAAACUUCUCGACGUGCCGAGAGGGAACACCCAGAGACCAGUUCUUCAACCAAAGUAUCUUACGACUAUCGCCACAAACGUCAUAAGCUCUCAGGUGGGGACCAGGACUUUUCUGAUGGGAGAGCUCAGAAGUACUCUAAGGAAGAAGAUAGAAAAUACAGUUCUCCAAAAGGCCCUAUAAAUAGAGAGUUAGAUUGUUUUAAUAUUGGAAGAAGGAGAGAGACUCAAGAUGAACAAUUCAAAGAACAUUUUAGACCAUCUAAGAAAGACUGCACUGCCUGUACUCAUUCAAACCGAGAUGAUGUUGAUUUAAGGCACUUUAAUGACAGACAGAAGGAAAAAAUAAAGAAAGAAGGAGAUCGCAGAAAAGCGACCAGUCCUUCCAGUAACCAAUUGGAUAAAAGCCAAAGACAUUCUGAUGUGAAACUCUCGCCUAUUGAUCUGAGGAAGAAAACACUUACAGUUAAAGUAGACAUGAGGAAAGUAGUAAACACAUUCAGGGUUGCUUCUAGCUAUUCCACAGAGAGACAGAUGUCACAUGAUUUGGUUGCUGUUGGCAGGAAAAGUGAAAACUUUCAUCCAGUGUUUGAACAUCUUGACUCAACUCAGAACACUGAAAACAAACCUACAGGAGAAUUUGCUCAGGAAAUCAUAACAAUAAUUCAUCAAGUUAAAGCAAAUUAUUUUCCAUCACCUGACAUUACUCUACAUGAACGUUUCUCAAAAAUGCAAGCUACACGCAAUGCAGGCGUAAAUGAAAUGAAAUUGAAUUUGAAUCCAAAAAUUCACAGGAGAAUAGAUAUAUCUUUGGCUGAACUUCAGAGUAAACAGACUAUGAUAUAUGAAUCAGAAAAGACUCUGGUCAAAAUAAUAGAUCCAAAUGACCUACGACAUGACAUUGAAAGAAGGAGAAAGGAGCGCUUACAGAAUGAAGAGUACAUUUUUCACAUUGCUAGUGCUGCAGAGAGGAAUAAUCAGAAUUCUGGUUUUUCAAAGAUGAAUAUUCAUGCUGAUGGAUUCCAAAAACCUAUAUGUUUUAUGAAAUCAAAUUUUAGAAAAUCUGUUGGGAAACCUUACGUGAAUUAUACUAUGCAGAGAAAAGAUAUCAUUCUUCACAAACCAUUUGGAGUUGAGAGAAUCCAUCAUAACUCAAGAGGCUUUAAAAGACAUUUUAAGGGCAACUUUAGAGGUGGCAGAUUCCAGCCCCAUUAUAAAUCAGGCCUAGUACAGAAGAGCUUGUACAUUCAGGCUAAAUAUCAGCGUUUGCGAUUCACUGGUUCAAGGGGAUUUGUCACUAAUAAAUACAGAGAAAGAUUAAUGAGGAAAAAAAAGGAAUAUAUGAACAAUGCCACAGAAAUCUAACCUGAAAAUGUGACAAAUGGAAGCAGCACUACAGGAGAAAAUUUGGAAAUGCUUUUUGUCAGGAGUUAGAAGUGGCACUAAGGCACUAAUACUGUAACUUUCUUGAUAAAAUAACUUUAUUUUUUAGUCGUGGAAUGCUGCAACUCUUUUAUACUUAACAAUUGCUUUUAAAUUACAGUAUUCAACCUAAAAGUUGUAUUGACUAUAGUUUGUUUUGCAAAAGCCUCAAAAGAAUCACUUGAAGGGCAUUAUUUGUUGACGCAUUUUUCUCUGAGCAUGUUUUCAUAGAGAGAAGUUAACUGAGCUAUAUUCAGAUGUUUAUAUGUUCAAAGUUUUGCUUAUGUAAUAAAAAACAAAAACAAAAGUAUCUGAAUUGUAUAGUGUCUGUACAUGGAAGAACUUUAAACAGUGGCCUUAUGGUAGCAAAUUUUAUACCAGGUUUUUCUUUUUCUGAUGACAUUUUGGCUUACAACUUGAAGUUUUCUUAAGUUUCUGAAGAUCAAGGCCUCUCUAAUUCAUACAUUUCAUAUUAUAAUGUAAGAAGGCAAGAGAAAAGGUGCUUCAAAUUUUCCAUCAGGUAGUUAUGAGUGCACUGAAUUUUUAGUAAUAUGUUCAUUCAGUUUUUUUCCACACUGUUUGCUCUUUUCCAAUUUCAAAAUGCUAUUGUGGAAAAUAUGUAAAGAUUUUAUAAUCUAUAGUCCAUCUUAUUUUUCCCUCAGGGCAAGCUUGUGCAUAUCAUAUUUUUAAAGGCUUUUAAAAAAUCUGACAGACCAAAUCUCAUAUUUGAAAAUUGUACUUUCCUACUAUAGCAUUACACAUUUUGCAAGCACAUCUUGUAGUGUGUUUAUUUUCAGUUCAGUUGAUAUGUAUUAUAUACCUACUAUGUGUAAGACAAAAUUCAUGGGAUUUUAAUUGAAACUGUUAGGUUCCCAAUACCUUAUUACUUUAUGUUUUCUGUGUCAUGCUUAACAGUACACAAACAUUCCCAAGUAUGUUUUGUGAAAUGAUUAUUUGUAAAAAAAUAAAAUACUGUUGCUCUUCCUGCUUAAA